AUGGCAAUUAAAGCGCUGCCGCCGUCUUCGGCGCGCUUCUCGAGCGCCAAUGAUGACGGCCUCAUCUGCCUCGAACUCGAGGAUGGCUCUGCCUACACUGGCUACAGCUUCGGAGCCAAGAAGAGCAUCGCUGGAGAGCUGGUCUUCCAGACGGGCAUGGUGGGGUAUCCCGAGUCUUUGACCGACCCUUCAUACCGUGGACAGAUUCUCGUCAUUACUUUCCCGCUUGCUGGAAACUAUGGCGUGCCUUCUCGCGAGACCAUGGAUGAGCUUCUCGGCGACCUACCUGCUCACUUCGAGUCUGCUCAGAUUCAUGUUGCUGGAGUUGUCACCGCUUCCUACUGCGGCGAAGACUUCUCCCACUUCCUCGCCGCUUCUUCUCUCGGCACUUGGCUGAAGGAGCAGGGCGUCCCCGCCAUGUACGGCGUCGAUACCAGAGCCCUGACCAAGAAGAUCCGGGAAAAGGGUAGCAUGCUGGGCAAGUUGCGACUCCAGACAAGCACCAUCCAGACCAAUGGCAUCACAAAUGGCGUCAAUGCCAACACCCCGCUCGAGCAGUUUGCUGUGAUUGAGUGGGUGAACCCGAACGAGAAGAAUCUCGUUGCUGAGGUGUCCGUCAAGACCCCUAAGCUCUAUAAGCCUCCUACUUCCGUGGCUACCCGCAAGCACCCUUCGGGCCGACCUAUUCGUGUUUUGUGUGUCGAUGUUGGUAUGAAAUACAACCAGCUGAGGUGCUUCCUCAAGCGCGGUGUUGAGGUCAUGGUCUGCCCCUGGGACCACGACCUGGCCAAGGAAGCUGGCGACCAGUAUGACGGUCUCUUCCUUUCCAACGGUCCUGGUGACCCUGAAGUCCUCGAUGUUACCGUCAAGAACAUCCAGGCCGUCAUGGAGAAGAACAAGACCCCUGUCUUUGGUAUCUGCCUGGGCCACCAGCUGCUUGCUCGUGCCUCUGGAGCCGCAACUAGCAAGAUGAAGUUCGGUAACCGUGGUCACAACAUCCCUUGCACCAGCAUGGUAACCGGAAAGUGCCACAUUACCUCUCAGAACCACGGUUAUGCCGUAGAUGCCAGCACCUUGACCGCUGGAUGGAAGGAGCUCUUUGUUAAUGCCAACGAUGGCAGUAAUGAGGGUAUUAUGCAUGUUGACAAGCCAUACUUCAGUGUGCAGUUCCACCCUGAGAGCACGCCUGGCCCUCGCGACACCGAAUUCUUGUUUGAUGUCUUCAUUGACACCAUUGUCAAUUGCACCGAGGACCCCAAGCUCCUGCAGCAGCCCGUCAGCUUCCCCGGCGGCACCAUUGAGGAGAAUGAGCGACUUCACCCCCGAGUCCACGUCAAGAAGGUUCUUGUUCUCGGCAGCGGCGGUCUGAGCAUUGGCCAGGCUGGUGAAUUCGACUACUCUGGCAGUCAAGCUAUCAAGGCGCUCAAGGAAGAGGGUAUAUACACUGUCUUGAUCAACCCCAACAUUGCCACUAUCCAGACCUCAAAGGGUCUUGCCGACAAAGUUUACUUCUUGCCCGUCAACGCCGAGUUUGUCCGCAAGGUCAUUCACUAUGAACGCCCUGAUGCCAUUUACGUUACCUUUGGUGGCCAGACUGCCUUGCAAGUUGGUAUCCAGCUCAAGGACGAGUUUGAGGGCCUUGGAGUCAAGGUUCUCGGUACGCCCAUUGAUACCAUCAUCACCACCGAGGACCGUGAGCUCUUCGCCCGUAGCAUGGACUCCAUCGGCGAGAAGUGCGCCAAGUCUGCUUCUGCCAGCAAUGUGGACGAGGCUAUGCACGUUGUCAAGGACAUUGGCUUCCCUGUCAUUGUGCGCGCCGCCUAUGCCCUGGGUGGUCUUGGUAGUGGAUUUGCCAACAAUGAGGACGAGCUGCUCGACCUUUGCAACAAGGCCUUUGCCGCCAGUCCCCAGGUGCUUAUUGAGCGCAGCAUGAAAGGCUGGAAGGAAAUCGAAUACGAAGUUGUUCGAGAUGCCCAGGACAACUGCAUUACUGUCUGUAACAUGGAGAACUUUGAUCCUCUUGGCAUCCACACGGGUGACUCCAUUGUUGUCGCCCCCUCGCAGACUCUGUCUGAUGAGGAUUACAACAUGCUGCGAACCACCGCCGUCAACGUCAUUCGUCACCUUGGCGUUGUUGGUGAGUGUAACAUUCAGUAUGCCCUUAACCCCUUCUCCAAGGAGUACUGCAUUAUCGAGGUCAAUGCCAGAUUGUCUCGAUCCUCAGCCCUGGCUUCCAAGGCUACUGGAUAUCCUCUGGCUUUCAUCGCAGCUAAGCUGGGUCUCGGAAUCCCCCUCAAAGAGAUCAAAAACUCGGUCACAAAGGUCACCUGUGCCUGUUUCGAGCCUUCCCUGGAUUAUGUUGUUGUUAAGAUGCCUCGAUGGGAUCUCAAGAAGUUCACCCGUGUCUCUACCCAACUGGGCUCUUCUAUGAAGAGUGUUGGUGAGGUCAUGAGCAUCGGACGAUCUUUCGAAGAGGCUAUUCAGAAAGCCAUUAGAUCCAUUGACUUCCACAAUCUGGGCUUUAAUGAGACCAAGGCUCUGAUGAGCAUCGACGACGAGCUGCAAACACCCUCUGACCAGCGUCUGUUCGCCAUUGCCAACGCCAUGCACGAGGGCUACUCUGUUGACAAGAUCUGGGAGAUGACCAAGAUUGACAAGUGGUUCCUGCGCAAGCUCAAGGGCUUGAGCGACUUUGCCAAGGAUAUGAGCCAGUACAACACCAAGGACGUUGCUCGAAACCCUGAUCUUCUACUCCAGGCCAAGAGGCUCGGUUUCUGCGAUCGUCAGCUUGCCAAAUUCUGGGACUCCAACGAAAUCGCCGUCCGCAGAAUGAGACUCGAGGCUGGUAUUCGGCCAUAUGUCAAGCAGAUCGACACGGUCGCCGCCGAAUUCCCUGCCUUUACCAACUACCUCUAUCUCACCUACAAUGCCAGUGAACAUGAUGUUUCAUUUGAUGAUCACGGUGUUAUGGUCCUUGGUUCUGGUGUCUACCGUAUCGGUUCGUCUGUCGAGUUUGAUUGGUGCUCUGUUCGUGCUAUCCGAACGCUGCGUCAAACCGGCUUCAAAACUGUCAUGGUCAAUUACAAUCCCGAGACGGUUAGUACCGAUUAUGACGAGGCUGACAAGCUGUACUUUGAGAACAUUAACCUCGAAACUGUCCUGGAUAUCUACCAGUUGGAGGCAUCCAGCGGUGUUCUCGGAGCAAUGGGUGGUCAGACCCCCAACAACAUUGCCCUGCCCCUGCACCGAGCUGGUGUCAAGAUUCUCGGUACGUCUCCUGAGAUGAUUGACAUGGCCGAGAAUCGAUACAAGUUCUCUCGCAUGUUGGACCGAAUUGAGGUCGACCAGCCUACCUGGAAGGAGCUUACGAGCUUUUCUGAGGCACGCGAAUUCUGUAACGCAGUCAAUUACCCUGUGCUUGUACGCCCGUCCUACGUUUUGUCUGGCGCUGCUAUGAACACUGUCUACUCCGAGAAGGAUUUGGAAAGCUACCUCGCCCAGGCCGCCGAAGUGUCUCGAGAGCAUCCGGUCGUCAUCUCCAAGUAUAUUGAGAACGCGAAGGAAAUUGAGAUGGAUGCAGUCGCCAAGGACGGUGUGGUCGUCGGCCAUUUCGUCUCCGAGCACGUUGAAAACGCAGGUGUUCACUCUGGUGACGCUACCCUCAUCCUCCCUCCCCAGGAUUUGGAACAGACCACCAUUGAGAGAAUUGAAGAGGCUACUCGUAAGAUUGGUGCUGCCCUCAAUGUUACUGGACCCUUCAACAUUCAGUUCAUUGCCAAGGACAAUGACAUCAAGGUCAUUGAGUGCAACGUCCGUGCCUCUCGAUCCUUCCCCUUUGUUUCCAAGGUGAUGGGCGUCGACUUGAUCGAGAUGGCCACCAAGGCCAUCAUGCACCAGCCAUUCCAGGAGUAUCCUCCGACCAGCCUCCAGCCUGAAUGUGUUGGUGUCAAGGUUCCUCAGUUCAGUUUCUCGCGACUGUCUGGUGCUGAUCCCGUCUUGGGUGUGGAGAUGGCUUCCACUGGUGAAGUCGCUUGCUUUGGUGUAGAUAAAUACGAGGCUUACCUGAAGGCUCUGCUGUCUACUGGCUUCAAGAUCCCCAAGGCUAAUAUCCUUCUGUCCAUUGGUUCAUACAAGGACAAGAAGGAACUGCUCCCUUCGAUCCAGAAGCUUCAGCGCAUCGGAUACAAGCUCUUUGCCACCGCCGGUACUGCCGACUUCUUGCAGGAGCACGGUGUCCAGGUUCAGUACCUCGAGGUCCUUGGUCGCGAUGAAGAUAUCAGCUCCGAGUUCUCCCUCACCCAGCAUCUGGCCAAGAACAUGAUUGACUUGUACAUCAAUCUGCCUUCUAACAACAAGUACCGCCGUCCUGCCAACUACAUGAGCAAGGGCUACAAGACUCGUCGUAUGGCCGUCGAUUACCAGAUUCCUCUUGUGACCAAUGUCAAGAAUGCCAAGAUUCUGGUUGAGGCCAUCGCUCGUCACGUCUACUUGGAUGUUUCCAAGCGUGACUUCCAGCUGAGCGAGUUGCCUCCUCCUCCGCCCACCAUCUCUGCCAAGACCCCCGAGAUGAAGGCCACCCUUCCAUCUAUCGGGCAGGUUACCGACAGCCCUCGACGACGAGGUGUCGAUGCUGGCCUUGCUUCUCCUAUCCGCGGUGCCGGCCAGAUCGACGAGCUUUCCUUGCCUGCGGCCAUUCAUACCUCGGCCAUUAGCUCUUCAGUGCUUAAGCUCCUCUCGCAGCCUUCAGUUUUCAAGAGUGCCAAUGUGCUGUCCGUGAAGCAGUACACUCGAGCCGAUCUGCACUUGCUCUUUACUAUCGCCCAGGAGAUGCGCCUCGGUGUUCAGCGAGCGGGAGUUUUGGAUAUCCUUCGCGGCCGCGUCCUGUGCAACCUUUUCUACGAGCCGUCUACAAGAACCUCUGCCUCAUUCGAUGCUGCCAUGCAGCGCCUGGGUGGACGCACGGUUUCCAUCCCUACUUCGCAUUCUUCUGUUCAGAAGGGAGAGACCCUCCAGGACACUCUGCGCACUCUGGCUUGCUACAGCGACGCCAUCGUUCUGCGCCACCCUGACGAGAAGUCUGUUGAUAUUGCCCAAAAGUACAGCGACGUGCCCGUCAUCAAUGCAGGCAACGGCAGCAAGGAGCACCCCACACAAGCCUUCCUGGAUCUCUUCACUAUCCGUGAAGAACUUGGUACCGUCCAGGGUCUGACUAUUACCUUUUUGGGUGACCUUCGCUACGGCCGAACUGUGCACUCUUUGGUCCAGCUGCUCCGCCACUACCAGGUCCAUGUGCAAUUGGUUGCCCCCAAGGGACUGGAGCUGCCCCAGGAUGUCAAGGAGCAGCUUGUGGCUUCUGGCCAGUUGCUCGGCGAGUCUGAUGUUCUGACACCUGAGAUUAUUGCUCGCAGUGACGUACUCUACUGCACCCGUGUGCAGCAGGAGCGCUUUGAGACUGCCGAGCAGUAUGAGAAGGUCAAGAACUCAUACCGCGUGGACAAUGCCACUCUCAAGCAUGCCAAGAGCCAAAUGGUUAUCAUGCACCCUCUGCCCAGAAAUGAGGAGGUGGCUGAGGAGGUGGACUUUGACCAGAGAGCGGCGUACUUUAGACAGAUGCGAUAUGGACUGUACUGCAGAAUGGCGCUGUUGGCGCUUGUCAUGGCUUCUUCGUAA